CUCGCGAGGCGCUCGGGGGGCGCAGGCCGGGGCUGGCCCGAGGAAUCUGAUCUCAGAAGGCCCGGUGUGCAGAGGCCAUGGGUUUGUCUGCAUCCUCCCCGGCUGCUGCAGAGCAGCCACCAAAUGCAUCCAGGCAAUAUCAGACAGCAUCUCCACCUUCAGAAUGUCCCAUGCAUCAGGAAAAAAUGAGCGGUUGUCCAAUGCACAUGAAGACUGCUGAUCAUAGACCUGAGAACACAGAUGAUGUUCCUGCACAUCAGGAAAGAGCUUACGAGUUUGUAGCAUGUCCUGUGAAGUCUGGUGCAUCUCAAAUGAAAGAUGACAUAGAUCCCAGCAAUAUGAUGCCUCCUCCUAAUCAGCAGCCAUCCCCAGGUCAACCAUUCCCAUUGUCAACUGUUAGAGAAGAAUCUUCCAUUCCUAGAGCACAUUCUGACAAGAAAUGGGUCUACCCUUCAGAGCAAAUGUUCUGGAAUGCUAUGCUGAGAAAAGGGUGGAGGUGGAAAGAUGAUGACAUAACAAGUGAAGACAUGACCAACAUUAUUAAGAUUCAUAAUCAAAAUAAUGAGCAAGCUUGGAAGGAGAUUUUGAAGUGGGAAGCUCUACAUGCGAUGGAAUGUCCAUGUGGGCCUGCACUGAUGCGGUUUGGAGGCAAAGCAAAGGAGUACUCACCAAGAGCCAGAAUACGUUCAUGGAUGGGGUACGAGCUGCCCUUCGAUCGCCAUGACUGGAUAGUUGACCGCUGUGGGAAGGAAGUGCGCUACGUGAUCGAUUACUACGACGGCGGAGCAGUGGACAAGAACUACCAGUUCACCAUCCUGGACGUGCGCCCUGCGCUCGACUCGCUCUCGGCCGUCUGGGACAGAGUGAAGGUGGCCUGGUGGCGCUGGACGUCCUGACUGCACCUGUGGUGUGUACUCGGAAAGUUACCACUUUCCUCUAGGCGAUGGACGUGGGAAUAUCAGGACUUGAGAUAGAAAUUUGCUGCAGCUGUCAUUGCUUUCAU